GAGAGGAACAACCCAACUACCUACCAGGUUGACUGGCCUAAUAGGCUAAUAUCAUCCAAUCAUGAGAGACGCGCUUUUGUUGCAAUACAUUGUUGGUUGCGGUUGCUGUAAAAAGUCAUUGUCCCCAAUAAAACAUCUCGCACUUCUGUUCCUCUUUAUUUAUCCACUUGCCUUUUUAUUUUAGGCAAAUUCAGCUAACCAAAUGACUGUACGUAUAUAUAGGUUUUUAUAUAUAUCAUGCCUUGCACCUUAUUUUUGGGUCAAUUCUCCGCUAAAGUUUGAUCAGUCUCUCCAGCAAAGGAGAUUACUUAUCUGGGUGUAGCAGAUUUCGUUCUUUAGGUACAUCUGGAUUUGGGUAUUUGGAUAUUCUGACUUUUGCUUGAGAAUUUGGAAGUGGGUGUUGUGUAGUUUUGAAUCUUUUUAUUUUGUGUUUUUAUAAGUAGUUAUUACGGAUUUUUGCUUUUGAGGGAAAAUUUGGAGUGGGUAUCGGAGGAUUUUGAUUCGUUUAGGAUUAUAUACAGGUGGGUACAAGAAAUUCGGGUUCUUGGGACAUAUUCACCAAUCGUUGAGGGUGAAUUUGGCAGUCAUUGGAGAUUUUGAUUCUUUCAGCACUUAGAGGUGCGUGUCAGGAAUUCGGAUUCUUGGGGGAUAUUCACCAAUCGUUGUGGCCAUUUUGGGGCGAAAGUAUAAAGGAUGAUUUUAGGAUUGAUUUAAGAAUAUAGUACGCUGUUGAAAAGGAAUUUAAAGUUGUCUGUUGCAACUUGUAUGUUUGUUGGGUUUCUCGACGUUUACGAGGACUUUUAAACUAAUCUAUAAACAAUCACAUCUAUGUCAAUUUUUUCUAAUGGGUAGUUUCAGAGUGGGUUGCUCCUCAUUUUCCCAAAAGAGGAUGUGUGCGUAACGAAACAAGAACAUCAGCUCUGUGUGUUCGUGUGUGUGUGGGAGCAUCAAUGCUAGUGGGACUCUGACCGUUACAACCAAUGCUUCUGCUGUCCUUGAGAGGCUUUGUCAUGGGUUGUUAUCAGUUUGGUAAGACUAAGAAGUUUUGUGAAGAGAUUUAAGGGUUACUUUUCAGUUUCUAUUUAUUCCUUAUGCGAAUUCGCUGAUGGAUUAAGGAUCAAUGUUCUUUGUAUUACUCCAUUUAUGAAGAAGGGACAUGAGCUAGGCAGCAAUCUCGUUUGGUUUGGUUUGGUUUGGCUUAUUUGAAAAUCUUUGCGGGUCAUGGGGUUUCUUAGCAUAGUCGGGAAUUCAUUCGGAUGUUCGGCAUCUGGGGAGCGCUUAGUUUCAGCAGCAAGGGAUGGAGACCUUCAAGAAGCCAAGGCAUUGUUGGAUUAUAAUCCCCGUCUUGCGAGAUAGUCUGUCUCUUACUCGAGUCUGGAGUUGAUAUUAAUCUCAGAAACUAUCGUGGUCAGACUGCUUUGAUGCAAGCUUGCCAGCACGGUCAUUGGGAAGUCGUUCAGAUUCUGGUUGUUUUUGGAGCCAAUAUUCACAGAGUGGAUUAUCUGAAUGGGGGUACUGCCCUCCACUUAGCUGCUUUGAAUGGUCAUUCGCGGUGCAUUCGUCUCCUCCUUGCAGAUUACAUACCUAGUAUCCACAGUAUCUGGAAGGUAUUAAGGAGAAGACCAGACAGUGAAGAAUCAAUCUUAGAAUUUGAUGACAGUGAUCUCUGUCAGGUAAUUAAUAAGCCUGCUGAUGGAGGCAUCACUGCUCUCCACAUGGCAGCACUGAAUGGGCAUGUCGAGAGUGUGCAAUUGCUCUUGGACUUGGGGGCUUCUGUUUCUGAGGUCACUGUGGAGGAUGGAACCACAAUCGAUCUAAUAGGUGCUGGAAGCACAGCUCUGCAUUAUGCUGCAUGCGGGGGAAAUGCACAAUGUUGUCAAAUUUUAAUUGCCAGGGGUGCCAGUCUGACUGCUGAAAAUGCGAAUGGAUGGACUCCCUUGAUGGUUGCUCGUUCAUGGCAUAGAAGUUGGCUUGAGGAAAUUCUUAGAACUGAGCUGGCAGGGCAGGCACGAAUUCUUCCUACACCCUAUCUGUCACUUCCCCUUAUGAGCAUUUUCAAAAUUGCUAGAGAAUGUGGAUGGAGGACAGGUGAAUCUUCAGCUGCAUGUCAUGAUCCAUGUGUCGUCUGUUUGGAAAGAAAGUGCACAGUAGCUGCAGAAGGUUGUGAUCAUGAGUUCUGCACACGGUGUGCCUUGUACCUUUGUUCCACAAACUGCACCUCAAACGUUGCUAAUGGUCCCCCAGGCUCGAUAGCAUGUCCUCUAUGCCGGCAUGGCAUAGUUUCAUUUGUCAAGCUUCCUGGAACAAGACCAGUUGUUAAGGAGAUUGCGAGAACAAGUUUGUCCCUAUCAUUUUGCACUUGUUCUGGCGAAGGACCAGACUCAUCUUCACUAGAGACCCCAUUUUGCAAGCCCGAGCUACGUUGCUCCAGAAUUUCCCCUCUAGGAUCUUCUUUCCGCUCCCUGAGCUGCCAAAGGUUCCCAUCCAUGAGAAUUAACUAUAACUUUCUUUGCAAGGGAGCUCCAGAUAUUUGUCGUUCUUUAAUUCCCUGCACUGUAAAUCGAAACUUGCGGAGGUGUUCAAGAUCAGGCUUUAGGCGAUCGGCUUCUGAGGGCCGAAGAACAUGGCUCUCUGCUCUAAAUCACUACGUAACUUCUGGUGGUGUAUGAUGAAUUUUUUUUUUCUUUUACUGCAUUCCCUUUUUUUGGCAUUCCAAAAUCCAAGCCAUGGUUUCUCUUUUUGUUUUUUUUUUAUUGUUUUUGUUCCUGAUAAAAUAAUGAGCUACUCUUUGGAUGAUGAUCAUUGUGCUUGUAGAUAUAUUAAUUAAUUGAACGAGGUCAUUUUUUUUUU